AUGUCGCAAGACGAGCGUUCCGCCCGUGAGGUGAAGGAUCAUCUCCUCUUCGAAAUCGCAACGGAAGUUGCUCACCGAGUUGGCGGCAUCUACUCUGUGAUCAAGUCAAAGGCCCCCGUCACAACAGCCGAAUAUGGCGAGCGCUACACCCUCAUCGGUCCGCUGAACCACCAAUCGGCCGCCGUCGAAGUCGAGGAGCUCGAGCCUACCGUUCCUGAGCUUGCUGCCACGAUCAACUCCAUGAAGGAGCGCGGUAUCGGCAUCCUGUAUGGUCGCUGGCUGAUUGAGGGCGCACCCCGAGUGCUCCUGUUCGACACCAAGACCGCUUACAAGUUCCUUGAUGAGUGGAAGACGGACCUGUGGAACGUCGCCAGCAUUCCCUCGCCACCCAAUGACGACGAGACGAAUGAGGCCAUCGUUUUCGGAUACCUGGUUGCGUGGUUCCUCGGAGAGUUUGUCUGCCACGAGAAGAAGAAGGCCGUUAUUGCGCACUUCCACGAGUGGCUCGCCGGUGUUGCAUUGCCCCUGUGCAAGAAGCGCCGCAUUGAUGUGACCACCAUCUUCACCACUCACGCCACGCUGCUUGGUCGUUACCUCUGUGCUGGCUCGGUCGACUUUUACAACAACCUGCAGUGGUUCGAUGUGGACGCCGAGGCUGGCAAGCGCGGUAUCUACCACAGGUACUGCAUCGAGCGAGCUGCUGCCCACGCCUGCGAUGUAUUCACGACUGUCUCCCACAUUACAGCGUACGAGAGCGAGCACCUGCUCAAGCGCAAGCCUGACGGCGUUCUUCCCAACGGCCUCAACGUCACCAAGUUCUCGGCUGUCCACGAAUUCCAGAACUUGCAUCAGCAGGCGAAGGAGAAGAUUCACGAAUUUGUGCGAGGCCAUUUCUACGGCCACUAUGAUUUCGACCCGGAGAACACGCUGUACUUCUUCACGGCCGGUCGUUACGAGUUCAGGAACAAGGGUGUUGACAUGUUUGUUGAGUCGCUGGCACGCCUCAACCACCGCCUCAAGAGCGCUGGCAGCAAGAUGACGGUCGUGGCCUUCAUCAUCAUGCCUGCCCAGACGACAUCGCUGACUGUCGAGGCUCUCAAGGGCCAGGCCGUCAUGAAGUCGCUGCGGGACACUGUUGACAUCAUCGAGCGUGGCAUUGGCAAGCGCAUCUUCGAGCGCUCUCUUAAGUGGCACGACGGCGACCCGCUCCCCGAUGAGAAGGAGCUGAUCACCGGUGCUGACCGCGUCCUCCUGCGGAGACGCCUCUUCGCGAUGAAGAGGCACGGCCUGCCUCCCAUCGUCACCCAUAACAUGCUGAACGAUAGCGAAGAUCCUAUCCUGAACCAGAUUCGUCGGGUCCAGCUUUUCAACCACCCUUCUGACCGAGUCAAGGUUGUCUUCCACCCAGAAUUCCUCAACUCUGCCAACCCCGUCCUGCCCAUGGACUACGACGAGUUUGUGCGUGGCACGCACAUGGGCAUCUUCGCAUCCUACUACGAGCCUUGGGGCUACACCCCGGCCGAGUGCACGGUCAUGGGCGUUCCCAGCAUUACCACGAACCUGUCUGGCUUUGGCUGCUACAUGGAGGAGCUCAUCGAGAACUCGAGCGAUUACGGUAUCUACAUUGUUGACCGCCGGAUGAAGGGUGUCGAUGACUCGGUCAACUCGUUGACCUCGCACAUGUUCGACUUUUGCCAGAAGAGCCGUCGCCAGCGUAUCAAUCAACGUAACCGCACGGAGCGUCUCAGCGACCUGCUCGACUGGAAGAGGAUGGGCAUGGAGUACGUCAAGGCGCGCCAACUGGCGCUGCGCCGGGCCUAUCCUGGAUCGUUCCAGGGUGACGAGGAGGAGGACACGAUCCUCGGUGUCGAGCAGAAGAUCUCGCGACCUUUCUCAGUGCCCGGGUCUCCUCGUGACCGUUCUGGCAUGAUGACGCCUGGUGACUUUGCCAGCCUGCAAGAGGGCCGCGAAGGCCUGAGCACUGAGGACUAUGUCGCUUGGAAGCUGCCUGAGGAGGAAGACCCUGAGGAGUACCCCUUCCCGCUGACGCUGCGCACGAAGCGUGUCGGCCCACCCAGCCCCCUCGACGGCGUGCCUCUGCAACCCACAAACGGCAACGGCACUGGUAGCAGCAACUAG